CCAACUGAGCUACGAAAGCUGUCGACGGUGAUAAACAAAUGAUGAAGUCAACACUGUGUCGAGAACCAAGCCCCAGCUGAUGGUUACUUUUUUUUUCUAGUAGGCACAGGGAGGUGGCCGUCAAACUCAUGUCAAGCGGUAGCAGGAGAUGCCUAAAACUAUUGGAGAGAUGCAAGAACAUGAACCAACUAAGGCAAGCUCAUGCACAAGCAAUCACGUGUGGUCUUGGCACCAACAGCUUUGCUUUAAGCAGGCUCUUAGCUUUCUGCGCAAACCCAAAUCGUGGGAGCCUUACCUAUGCUUGCAACCUCUUCCAACGCAUUGAAAACCCCACAAUUUGUAUUUGCAACACCAUGAUCAAAGCUUUGUUUCUCAAAGGUGAAAUCUUUAAAACCAUCCAACUUUACAAUAACAUGUUGGAUAAGGGCAUGCACCCUGAUAAUUAUACUCUGCCUUAUGUGUUGAAAGCUUGUGCUAAGGUGCAAUAUUUUUACUUUGGGGAAUUGGUUUAUGGUCAUUGCUUGAAAUUGGGUUUUGUGUUUGAUAUUUUUGUGGGCAAUGCUCUGAUUGCUAUGUUCUGUGGAUUUGAUAAUGUGAAAGUAGCAAGGUACAUUUUUGAUGAGAUUCCGUGGCCAGAUUUUGUUUCAUGGACAGUUAUGAUUUCUGGGUAUGGGAAAAUAGGUGAUAUUGACACUGCAAGAUUGCUUUUUGAUGAGGCUCCUGUGAAAGAUACAGGAAUUUGGGGUGCUAUGAUUUCUGGAUAUGUAAAAAAUAAUUGUUUUAAAGAGGGUCUUUAUAUGUUCAGGCUAAUGCAGAUGAGUGAUAUAGAGCCUGAUGAGGCUAUAUAUGUGAGCAUUCUUUGUGCCUGUGCUCAUUUAGGUGCAUUAGAUACUGGAAUUUGGAUUCAUAAGUAUCUGGAUAAACAAAAAUUUUCAUUGAGUCUUCGUUUGAGUACUUGUCUUCUAGAUAUGUAUGCAAAAUGUGGGAAUUUGGAUAUAGCUAAAAAGUUGUUUGAUGGAAUGCAGCAAAGAGAUGUUGUAAGCUGGAACGCCAUGAUUUCUGGGAUGGCGAUGCAUGGAGAUGGAGAAAGUGCACUCGAACUGUUUAGGCAAAUGGAGAAGGAUGGAGUGAGGCCUGAUGACAUUACUUUCAUUGCUGUUUUUAGCGCUUGUAGUUAUUCUGGCAUGGCAUUUGAAGGUCUAACGAUACUGGAUAGAAUGUGUAACGUGUACAACAUUGAGCCUAAAAGUGAACAUUUUGGGUGUAUAAUUGACCUACUUAGCCGAGGUGGGUUCUUCGAAGAAGCAAAUAAAAUAAUUCGAAGAAUGCCCGAUUCGAGCAAUCCCUCUGAUGAAGCCAUUGCCUGGAGAGCAUUGCUGAGUUCCUGCUGUAGUAAUGGACAAUCCAAAAUGGCUGAGGUUGCAGCUGAGAAGCUCAUGCAACUAGAAGAUCAUAGUGGGGUGUAUGUUUUGCUCUCAAAUCUCUAUGCUGCCUCAGGAAAAUAUUAUGACGCCAAAAUAAUAAAACAGAUGAUGAAAAACCGAGGUGUGAAUAAGGUACCAGGUUGCAGCUCUGUCAAGAUCAAUGGAGUAGUUCAUGAGUUUAUUGCUGGGGAGAAAAGCCACCCACAAAUGGAAGACAUACACUUGAUUUUGGAAAAGUUAGAAAAGCAAAUGGAUUACAGGACAAUAUAUAUUUAGUCAGUAUUGCUGACUGUUUGAGCCCUUACCUGUUGCAGCACCAGUUACUGUUGGGCAUAGCAUGUAACAAAUGAAGCACCAGCAACAGUUUAGUUUUUUGGUUGUUUUUGGUAUACCUUCAGCCAAAUGUUGGUGUUGAAUGAAGGGUCUAUAGACCUGCAUCUGUGAACAAAUCUAUACCGACAGUUCUCCAGAUUUUUAUGGACCCAAAGUGGGUGUUGUCAGUUAAGAGUCACCGUUUUAUGGGAGUUUCACAUAGUUAAAUGGUGGUUUGUGGACAACACAUCAAAUGUAAUGGACAGUAAGGAGGGGCUCAACAAUUCUACAGAAGAAAAGAUGAUAAAUGCUUGGAGAUCCUCUUGUCUGGUGAAGAGAAAGCCAUCUCCAUCUGACUUUCCAUGUGCUGGUUGCACCAGGCAUGCCAAUAUACUCCUUUCCCCCUUGUCAAUAGUUCCUAUGUGCACCACUACAUUCCUACCCUGUUAGCCAAAUUUAGGUAAAAAUGCAGUGUUCACGCAGCUGACUCCAAAGGUAUACGCUUAUAGCUGGUAUAGUGAUAUCCAUGUCAGUGUCACCUAUAAUGCUACUUUUCCUUUUUUGAUCAGAUCUUGUCAUUUUGAAUUGUGUAAUCAUACAUUUCAGAUCUGCUCCAUGUCAAAGGCCUAAACAUGUGUUUAGCUUGUUGUCUGAGCGCUUCUUCUCAUUUCAUCUUAGGUGAUUUUGGCCGGCAUUUUUUAUUAUAGGACAA